ACGGAGGCGGGCGGCAGUUCAGUGACUUGACAGCCGCCGAGCGGGGAAGACGUGUGUGUGAUCAGUGACACAGUGUUACGUGCUGGAUGAUUAUUUUACGGAGAUUUUUGUGUUUGUGGACACGGAUCUUUUAACGUUUGGAUUGCAUUUUGGAUGGUGGAUUCGCGCGGACAGUGGAACCUGCCAAAUGUGUUCAAAUGAAAAACUGCCUUCCAUCUUUUACAAGUAUAUUAGAUUUAUAAGUAAUGGUGUGGAAAUACUGACCUUGGCGAAUGUAUGAUUACUCAGCUUCAGUAUACGGGAGAAGCGCGUGCGCAGUGGGUGUAGGCGGGGCACGCAGCCUCUAUGCCGCAUCGACGCAGGUUCGACAUACAUCGGGACGUCGCCAGGUCGCUGUUGAAGAGAAGUGAUUUAUUGGGGGUGAGGUAACCUGGCUGAACUGACGAGCCAACGCGAAUACCGUCAUGUGUUCCUCUGAGUACCUAAGCGUCACAUAAUAAUAUACAUCGAAUAAUGUACGUUCCGUCCAAACACUGCCAAACUUUAAAAACGAAUUUAUUAGAGUGUAGUUUAAGUUGUUGAUCGCGAGCGCGUGUGUUGUGUUAGUGUAAGAGCGCCAUCUGGCGUGAUCGAGACGCGCAAGGUGGCGGGGACGCAUGCGCCGUCGGUGCCGGCGUUGGCGAUGCCAUUUAUUGAAGACGAAUGGUGGUCAGCGGAGAAUGAGGGCAGGAUGGUCGAUCUCUCCAAUUGCCUGCAGGACGCGGUAGCCGCGAGUGGACACAGUGCGACUCAGCUGCAACUGCAAAUGGCGACAUCUCUCGGCGAGUUAUCGCAAGCAGAGCUGUCUAACUUCGUGGGCGGUCUUACCCUGGAGGCGGACGGCUCCGAAGCUGCAGACCCAGAUGACAUUCUUAAGCAACUGGGAGAAACCGCUUUUGAUAAUUUCGACACUUUUUUUACUGAUUUGACCAAUUCCACUGCAUCUUCUGCGCCUCCUAUUGAAAUAAAGCAAGAAGAAAAUAACAACAUAUCGCCACCCUCGGGGAGCCAGCUGCAAGGUUCAUACUAUCAACAAAAUAAUCAACUAUCUCUGCCAAAUAAUGGACAACAACGCUUGCAACAAUUAUUGAGAUCGGGCACUAGUGCUAUUAACCAUGCAGUGGCGAAUAAUAUUAAUAAUGGACGGUACAAUAUUGCUUCUGCAAAUCCAUUGCUCGCUGAGAAAUUAGCAGCGACAUCUAGUGGUAUAAAGCAAGAACCUAUGAGUUCUGAUUAUAAUGGAACGAGUAUGAACUAUGGAAACGCGUCUCCAAUGCAACGAGUGCCGAGUGGGAAACCUCAAGUACAUGAUGCUGGUGGAGGAAAAGUGGACGGAGAGCCGACAGCUCUCUCUCUGGGUGCGCGUGGCUCUCUAGGCCGGGCUCUCUUGCACGGCCUGCUUGCGCCCGCUCCGGCGCCCCGACACCAUUUAUAUACUGCGCCUAAUACAGGUUCCCUGCCCCCCUCACCAGCCGACAGUGGCGUGUCGGAUGUGGAAUCUUCAUCAUCAGGCGCCGGCUCUGCGGAGGAGCUUAAAGCGCGGCUGCAACCGCCGCCCCCAGCGCCCUUCCACACGCCUUUCCUGCCCUUCUACCAGCAGCAUCAGAUCGCCACCUCCUUGCAGCACCACGUCGCUGCCCAUCCAAGGCCAACCGUGGGCACGGUGGGUGACCGUGACGCGUACGGCUACGGGUACAGCGGCGGAGGCGGGCACCACUUUGCCGCGCCUGCGCCGCCGCCCCUCCCGCACGACGACCUGCCCUACCCGGUAUUCGAUUUCGGCGACUACCAGCGGCACCAUCACCAUAACAAACUCAAACCCAAGAAGAGGCCGCGCACGGACGCGCCGCCAACACCCGGCGUCAAGCGCAAGAGCCGCGAGGGCUCCACCACCUACCUGUGGGAAUUCCUUCUCAAGCUGCUGCAGGAUCGGGAGUACUGUCCGCGCUACAUCAAGUGGACGAACCGCGAGAAGGGAGUGUUCAAGCUAGUGGACUCGAAGGCGGUGUCGCGGCUGUGGGGCCUGCACAAGAACAAGCCGGACAUGAACUACGAAACGAUGGGGCGGGCGCUGCGCUACUACUACCAGCGCGGCAUCCUGGCCAAGGUGGACGGCCAGCGCCUCGUGUACCAGUUCGUGGACGUGCCCAAGGACAUCGUGGAGAUCGACUGCUCGCUGGCGUAGAGCGGCGCGUGUCGGACUUUCUCUCAUACGUAACUGUUCGUAGAGUCGUUAUUCGUUUGGCCCUUUCGUACGUUUUUCACUAACUACUUAAAUAGUAAAUAUCGUCUAUUUUUCAAGUCAUCAUGCAUUACGUUCUUUCCGAUCGCUUCUAAUAAUGUUCUUAAGAUAAAUAUUAUUAUUCUCAAAUUGAACUAAUAUAAUGUUUAUUAUUGAAUUAAAUAUUUAUACAGAAUGGGAGAGACGAAAUUGAUUGCUCAAAUGUUUAUAUAUACCUAUUUUUAGGGAAUUUCAGAAAGGAACACUAAACUUUGCUAGAUGUUAUAUGGUAUGGAGUGACUUUUGUAUAAUGUUAAAACGAAUUUUUAAAGUUUGUAACGUUUCUACUGAUAUUGUAACGCGGGUGCGCCGGCGCCGCCCGAACAGAACUUCCUACCUCAAAACUACGCAAAAAUAAUAUUACAUAUUAUGAAUAUACAAUUUAUUCGAAAAACAGUUUUUACAAUAUGCAAUAAGUAAUAUUAUAGUCUAAAUAAGAGUUUAUAUUAAAGAAAUAUUUACGUAAUGAAAAUGUUUAUAUUAUAAUUAUGAAAAUAUCGUGUAUCGCCCUCAGAUGAAAUACAACCUCUUUGGUGCUUUUUACGGCCAUUCGCAUAUUUACACCUUGUUGAAACUGACGACCUCAAUGAUAUUUAUAUAUAUUAUACUUAUUUAAUCAUAUUUGUCUACCAAUUGUCUAGCUACAUUGUUCCUUUGUUGUGACCGAGCCAGUGCGCCCGCAGGGGAUGAAAAUAAAAAAACUAAAGAAAUCUCCAGAGACCGCGAUCUUUCUCUUUAGAUACAAUUAUAUUUACUAUUUGAUUAUAAAUGUCCCUUUUAAAGUACAAUUUAGCUGAAUUUUAUAUAAAAUGCGUCCCCUAAAGGUGUACAUUGGUCGUCGAUCUCUGAAUUCUAUCUUGUUCUUAAUGUAUCCUUUCGUUUACGAUUGAAACCGAAUUUUCAAUUGAUAUUAUUAGGGUUCUUGUUCGUGGAAUAACAAUUCUACCUAGAGUACUGAAACCAACUGCCAACUUUCUGUUAGAGAACUUUAUAUUUAAGAUGUAAUUCUUGUGAGUUAAUUGUGUUAAUUAAAAAUAGAUGUUUACUAUAA